AGUAAUGAAAGAGGGCUUCAUUUGCAAGUACUAUAGACUUCAACAUAAGAAGAACUUAAUGAAUCGCUCUUUCAGUUUUCAUCUCAGUGAAUAAAUUAUCGAGCCAGAACGAAAAAAAUUAAUAUACGCAUGAGUUGGAGCCAUUCCUGUCUGAGGUUAAAUACACGCAUGGCUCCAGUCUCUGGUCGUCCGCCUAAACUGACUAAAUGAGUUUUGUCAGCGGAGCUUGUCAGCGGAUGACUUUUUCAUCGCCGGAAUAUCGCUUAACGACCUCGCUGAACAAGAUAGACUCUGCCUUCUCUUCGUUAUGUCGGAGCCAUUCCUGUAUUUAUGGUCGCCAGUCCAUAACAAGCACAGGAGGCGUUAGCCAUGAAAAUGGUUUUUAGAAAGCUUCAGAAUGUUUUGGUUUUGCUACUUUGUAGUGCAUUGCUAAUAAGGUUCUCUGAUGCAAAAGAUUUUCGAUACAAGCAUUACACUUUCAGGAAAAAACAGAGGCUACUUGAGCAAGGUGAGAUAGAUGUGCGGCUGACAUCUUUCAAGGGAUGUGUGGUGAAACAAUUACAAGAUCAAGAGAGCAAGAAGCGUGGCUAAUUUUAACAGAAAAAAAAUAACUACAAGAUUUUUGCAGAUCACUACAACUGUUCCUUUUAGUAGUAAACAUAGAAAAGAAACAUGGGUUUUAUCAAUAAGGGCCACAAAAGCAGAGCAACGAACUUGUGUGACCUCACUCAAAAACAUUCAAUAGCAGUUAGCCACUAAUUGUAGCUUACAGCAAGGUCAAAGGGUAAACUACUGGAAAUUCAUAAUUGAAGUGUUGUAAGUUUUGUGGAACAGUAUGUUCUUUGUUGUACAGUUAGAAGCUCUGGGUUUUAACUAUUUAUCAAUUACAUUAAUGACCUAAAAUGUAACGUACUUACUUUUCUCUUUUCACUUAUAAGAGUUUGAAGCACCCUGUUAUGACUUUGAAAUAUUGCAUCCUGUUUUAGAAAUCCUAUUUAAUUUACAUAUCAUUUUUAAAAACACAAUUUCCACAAUCAAGAGGCUGCACUCCUCACAAAUAGUGAAUGGAGUAAAAACCAAGAAUACAUGUUCUGUAACUUAACAUCAAUAUUAAUCUCAUUAAUAUGAAUCUGGACAUCAAAAAUGAAGAGGUCUGAAAUUAGUACAGGCAGGUUACAUUUGUCUUUUCCUAGACUGAGCAAUUUGUUUGACAUGCAAGUCAUAAACUUGGGCUGAACCAAUGGUUAGAUAACACACAUUAAGCACAUUUUCUAAUUGCAAAAUUGUUCUAGCUUCUGAAGUUAGAUCUACAGUUUUCUGUAAGUUUUCCUCCUACCCACACCUUAGGCAGUUUUGAUUGUUUUUCAUUUUUCAUUGUCUGUUUAUAAUUUAUCACAGAUUACCAGCCACCCUUGUUUAGUGUAUCUGAUGAAUACUUUUAUGUGCGUAGGAUACAUAUUUAAUAAACUGCCUGGUCCCAGAA